GGCAUGAUAAAGGAGAACAAGGACUUUGCCAACUUCCUCCGGAAUCCUCUUCUCAAGGCAACGGAAAGAAAAGCCGUCAUGACGGAGAUCUUGAAGAAGAUGGGCGUGUCCAAUCUGACGGAGAACACGUUCCACAUGUCCAUGAAGACGAAGAUCAACGCAUACACGGGCCUCAUUAAGAUGCCCGUCUAACGAGCUCGCUCGUUAGGUCGAGUCUCAAGAGAGUCGCCGCCGUCGCCGCCGUCCGUCGGUAGAGUUCCGAGAGAUUUCCGUUUUCGUGUCGUGUAGAUUUUCCCCGAUUACCCGUCGGUUUCGCAUUCAAAUCUUUAAUUUGCAAAAUUAUUGCCCCGCACAAAUAUUUCCGGUGUUUUUUCGGAAGCGCGGCGUCGCGCGAAUUCCCCGAGACAUCGUUAGCGUUAACGAGACAUCGUUAGCGUUAACGAGACGUCGUUAUCGCAGACGUAAAUGCAAUGUUGCCGUUAGAUAAGCUGUCGAUUUUCUCGCGGUCCUCUCCCCCUCUCCUCCUCUCCCUCGUGCGCUAACCGUCUAUCUCUCUCCCUCUCGUCUCUCAGGUGAGACCAGAGUUUGUCUCGUACCUGAGACGGAGUCGCGCCCUCGACAGCCUACUCACCACACACUUCAAGCUGAUGCCUCCCCCCCCUCUCCUUUACGGUCGUACCUUAGGUGUGGUUGGGCUAGGCGGGGCGGGGGCCACCCCUCCGUCGGACGGUGGGUGCGAGUGCUGUAGUUGUUAAAUAAUUAAUAAAUAAAAUAAAUGAAAAAUCCGUUACGCUACGAACGA